AUGGCUCGUCAAUCGGAGCUCAAGAUUGAAAAAUAUGUGGAAUUGAAGUUGAGCCGCGAAUCCUGCCUACCCUAUACCCACAUACCCAGUCUGCCAGUCACCCACACCUCUCUCCCCCAUUCUUCGAAGGUUCCAUGGUUCCAUCUCCGAGCUCCAUAUUUGAGAGAAGGAGAGGCUGAGGGAGACAGAGAACUCGCCAAUCGUCGCUCGAAGCCUCGAGGUCGUUCAUCAUCGCCGUCGAAGGGUCGCCGUCGCAGGGUCGCCGAGCAACAUAGCCAAAGCCGAGCACUCGAGCAGCACUCCAACGUCCAACCAGUCCAGCCGCCGAGCAAGACUCCAGUGGCCGAGCCGCCGAACAACCAGUCUCUCUCCUGCAAAAACCCAAAACGAAACAGAACUAUGUCUUCGUCAGAGAAAUUGCACCAACUGGAGAAGAUGAGGAUGAGUCUGGUGUGGAUUCUGAUUAAACAUGGUGGCUGUUUGGCUUUUAUUUGUUUUAAAGUGAAUGUUUCGGUUUAAACUGUGUUUAUUGUUGUUGUUUUGCUAGACAUUUUUAAUUGUCUUUGUUUUAUGUUUAAUUAAGUUGAAUUUGUAUUGGAUUUGGA